AUGACAACGAUGUUUAUCCAACUGCGCCGUGUGGUGUACCUGUUGGUACUUCUGCAAUUCUGUACUUGUGUGGCCCAUGGAGAUGAUAAAGUUCCGUCAGUUCCCAAGGAAAGUGAGGUUAAAAUUGUGGAACAACGGUUAAAGGCGUCAGUAAAUAAGGCCUAUGAAUUACUUGUGGAAGGAAAUAGUUGUUUGUCUGUGUGGAAGGAUGAGGUGGAGUUAUGCAAGAAAAGUACUGGAGUCGUUAAAACUGCUGCCGAGAAAACCAAAGGUCCUGUUAAGAAAAUUGGGGAGGGUAGGCCAUUAUCUGAGAAAGGAGAUGAGCCC